AUGAAAGAUCAACUUCCCACUUAUCAAGAGGCACUGAGCGUGUCUGCCUCCAACUCAAAUGAAUUGCUACUCGUUCGACUGGAGGUCUGGCAUUUUUUCGACCUCGGUAGAUCGCCCAUCCUCAACCACCAGUUUGCCACAUCUUUCAGGCAAUCUAAUCUUGACCAUUGGGCUGUGCGGGAAGUUCAGGUCACUGAGCCUCACGAUAGGGCCAGUCGUGAUACCUUCGUCCCAGUUCAAGUCGACUUUCAACACAAACGCUUCACCGACGAUGAUCCCCGCGGGAGGGCUCAGUACCAUGUCCGAGACCUCUUCAGGCGAAUCGCCCCGGCGCUGGUGUUCCGAUUUUUUCUCAGAAACGGAACCAAACCACACUUGAUGAGUCUAGUUCCUCUCAACGUACCAGAAGACCGGAAAAGUAAAUAUGAACAACUCUUCGCCAUCAGUCAUCUGAAGAUCAACGUUCACCUGUUCCUUAGACCCGGUCAACUGGAUGAAAUCGACGCCAUUGAAGUUCUACUUUCUACUGCUACAAAGGCGCUAUUGGCAUUAUCAUUUAUCGUUGACUUUUUUAUAAUGAUGCAUGCCGAACAGACAAAUCAAUCGCAGUUCACCUCGAUACCCACAAGCGACGCGACUAUUGUUUUCGGUUUAGCCGAAUUAUUCAGUAGUAUUCAAAGAAUUGCUCCAUUGGUUAACGAGUUACAACAAGCGUAUGAACGUAGCAUGACACUUGCUGCAGUGGAUCAGCCAGAAAGAUUAAAUGCCUGGCAACAAGCUACUCACCCAUUUUUACAGCACCAAACCGGGUUUUCUCGUAUAGCGACAACCCUUGAAAGAAUAAAACGUGGUGAAGCCGUCACACCGCAAGCAUUGUACACAGCAGUUCAAGACUUCCAUGCUAGUAGCUUGGAAUUCACUAGAGUAAGAAGCCGUUUGAAUUCACAUUUAGCCACUGAGCUAGAAACAUACAAGCUCAUGGAGAAGUUGCCAAAAACAUUUACAGGUGCUGGCGUCGUAGGCGUGGGAACUGGAGCGAUCCUUCUAGCAUCAAACCCUGCAGGCUGGGCUGUCGCUGCUGCUGCAAUUUUGGGUUUAGGUAUCCUAUCAGCAGCCACUGGAGGCUACCAAUGGACGAAAGUGUCCAAGAAGAGGAAAGCAAUUCGAAAAGUUCAACAAGACCUGAGGGACCUGGCCGGCGUUUUCAAUGAGGCCCGGCAUGAUAUCGCCAUAUUUACCUGCUGGGCUGUGCUUGGUAUUGACCUAGACCAUCUAGGUGAUGCAGAGAAGAGAGCUUUCCUGGAAAGUUUCGCGGUUGACGUCGAUGCACUGCAGUACCAAGGUUAUCGCGAAAGCCUUGUUAUGAGUGGUAUUGAUAAAGUUCUCAAGUAUUAUAAUGAUUUGACCACGGACUUCCAUCAAAUGGUAGAGCAUUGUGGCCUCAGAAUUGAUAUUGUAGAGACUAAUCAACGAUGA